AUGCCGGACAGGUUUGCUCGCCCACCGUUCAACUGCUAUGACGGGAAGACUGAUCCGAUAGAACACAUCAGCCAUUAUAUUCAGAUGAUGUUUUUGCAUACUCAUAACGAUGUGCUCAUGUGCAAGGUAUUUCCCUCGAGUUUGGGACCGACUGCAUUGAGAUGGUUCAAUAGGUUGCAGAAAGGAUCCAUAAGAAAUUUUUCCGAGCUAAUUCAAGAGUUCGAAGUCCGGUUUGUGACGUGCAACCGAGUACCUCAACCAGUUGAUGUGCUCCUGUCAAUGAAAAUGAGGACAGGAGAGACCCUUCGUAGUUACGCCAGUCGGUAUUGGGAGCUAUACAUCGAGAUCGGCGGGGAUAACGAAAGGGUGGCGGCAAGUACAUUUAGAAUGGGGUUGCCCGAGGAUUCAAGGCUAAGAGAGUCAUUAACCAAAAAGCCGCCCGAAGGCAUGCGGCAGCUUAUGAGACACAUCAAGGAAUACAAACGAUUAGAAGAUGACCGGUUAUAG